AUGGGACCCCCCCCAGCCCCCCAACCCCCCCCCAGGACCCCGCAUCCCCCGCCCCGCCCCCUCGGCACCCCCCCGCCCCCCCACCCCUCCCCCCGCCGGCCCCCGCCCCUCCCCCAAGGCGGGCCCCGCCCCCCCGCCGGUGACGGUGUCGCUCGAGGGGGGUCCCCGCGGGCCCGGGGGGGGGGCUGUGGGGGAGGGGCCGCCCCCGGGGGGGUCCGUGGGGGGGCGAAACCCCCCAGCUACGUCCUGCUGGCGGCGCUGGCCUGUUUCUGCCCCGCGUGGCCCAUCAACAUCGUGGCCUUCGCCUACGCCCUGAUGUCCCGGCACAGCCUCCACGGGGGGGACGCGGACGCCGCGCGCCGCCUGGGCCGGGUCGCGAAGCUGCUGGCGGGGGCGGCGCUGGGGGGCGGGGCGCUGCUCGUCGCCGCCUCCUGCGUCAUCAACUUCGGGGUGUUUCAGUGACGACCCCCCCCCGCCGUCCGUCUGUCCUGGAUCGGGGGGGGGCCCCCACGUCCGUCUGCACCCCCAAAACCGGGGGUUCCCCCCCCCUUGGAAAUUGGGGGGGGGGGCUCCCCCCCCCCGGGGUGUCGCCCCCCCCCAUCCGUCCGUCUGUCCUGAACUGGGGGGGGGGGGGGGCGCCCCCCGCCUGGAGCCCCCCCCCAUCAUUUUGGGGGCCCCCCCUUCGUCUGUCUGUCCUGAAGGGGGGGGGGCCCCCCCAGACCUUCCCGAGCCCCCCCCCCUAAAAUUGGGGUGGGGGGGCCCCCCCUUGGCUGUGUGACCCCCCCCCUUUACAGCCCCCCCCCCACUGUUACAGCCCAUUUGGGGGGGGGGCCCCGCCUCGUUUUGGGGGGGUCCCAACGCCUUUGGGGGGGGCCCCAACGGCUUGGGGGGGGGCCCAACGCCUUGGGGGGGGCCCCAACGGCUUGGGGGGGGCCCAACGCCUUGGGGGGGGGGCCCCAGCCUCAUUUUGGGGUGGAACCCCCCAAUUUGGGGGGGUCCCACCCCCCCUUUUUUGCACGUUUUUGGGGGGGGGGGGGCCUGUCGCACGCCAGGUCUUUCCGAAA